AUGAGUUUCUCAGCCAUGACCAAUGCCUCUCUCCAGUUCGGCAUAGAGAUCGAGCUACUCCUCGGCGGCCGCAAGAAAGCACACUCGUCCUGGAAGAGCCUUGCAAAUGAUCUAAGUAAACGCCUUGCCGCCGCUGGGAUCCCCAAUCAUAUCAACGAUGGAGGUGACAAGGCAGUUGAACACUACCGAGAGUACUCUAUCGUGCGCGAAGUCACCAUCCCGAACCAGCUCGCAAAGGGCCUCUGCACGCCCAUGCCCUUGUCAUCCACGGAGCUCUCUGCGCUCGCCAAGGCCGCCUUGUACUUCGAGCCGGCUCUCGACCAGCUUGUCCCAGCCGACAGGCGCGCAUCCACUGCGUACUGGUGCCAGAGCAAUCGGGCCAGCGUGGGACUGAGGUCUAUGAGCCUGCAAGACUGCCUGGGCAUGGUUGACGCCGCGGUCGACUUGUCGACCACGUCCCUCGGCAACGAGUCCUUUGAGAGCGGGCGCACCCAGGCCCUGGUCGGGACUAUGAACCUCUAUCCCGCGACCUCGACGUACGGGAGGGCACACGGCAAGAAGCACGACUUCGUCCGGGGAAAGGUGUACAAGUGGGAUUUCUCCAGGAUGCUGCCUCGGUCAUCCUCUUCCAAGGGCAGUAACGUGGCCCUGUCCCAGGGCACGGUCGAGUUCCGUCAACCUCCGGGGAGCCGGUCCGCCGAGGACGCGAAAGGUUGGAUCACUCUGGUACUGGCCCUCGUGGCAGGUGCUACGAAGACCACGUCCUGGGCACCACUGGGUGCCCCUGGGGUGGAGGGGGCUACGAUCGGGGAGCUAUGGGCGUUGAUCUUGACAGGCGCCUCGGUACUGGGCUGGGAGGGAGUGGGCGAUGCGGCGCUCAUCUUUUCGAAGAGGACUAUGUAG